AGGCCAACUACUUAAGACUGUAUAUUAGUAUAGAAAUGUGUUGUACAGUAACUUAGACACAUACUACAGUUUGGCCACCAGAGGGUACUGGCAUGUUUAUUUUCAACUAGUUUCCUAAAGGGAAAGCUAUACAUAAGCCUUUCUUUACUGACAACGUUUUGACAUGUCACAGCAGGACAUGCACAGGUGUAAACGAUCAAGCUAAUUGAGUCUGCACACUACAUUAAUGUUAUUAGCAACACCUGUGCUUUAUGAAAAGUCCAAACAUCUGCUGUGAAAUGACCUGUAUCGACCUGAGUUCUUUAAUAGCUUAACCAAAAUAUAGGUUCCAGUUUUUAUAGCCUAUAUUAAUAUUAGUAACGAUCAGGCUCCAAGGUCCCGUGUAGUAAUGCCACUGGGUGUAUUAUCGCUGCAUAGCCUCCAGUAGGGGGCGCUGUUAUGUGGGUGUCACUGGACAGGGGGCUGCCAGCCGCGGCAGAGCUCCUCUCACUGCUCCCCAGCAGCCUGCACCAACUCGGAGGAGCGGGGCGUGGACUCGCACCAGCCGUUCUUUGCUGCUUUCAGGAGACGGGGAAACGCAAAGAAACUGACAAGAAAUCUGUCGUUCAGCAGCAGGCUACAUGUUCCUGAUCUCAAAAGACACUGAAAACAUAAACGGCCAAGACAGGGAACUCACAAUAUAGCCAUGGAUGACAUCUUCACACAGUGUCGAGAAGGGAACUCUGUGGCCGUCCGUCUUUGGUUGGACAACACUGAGAAUGAUCUGAACUUGGGUGAUGAUCAUGGCUUCAGCCCCCUGCAUUGGGCAUGCAGGGAAGGGAGGAGCGCUGUUGUGGACAUGCUCAUCAUGAGAGGAGCUCGCAUUAAUGUGAUGAACCGUGGAGAUGAUACUCCGUUGCAUCUCGCUGCAAGUCAUGGACACAGAGAUAUUGUGGCUAAGCUGAUCCAGUGCAAAGCAGACCCCAAUACAGUCAACGAGCAUGGAAACACGCCGCUCCACUACGCCUGCUUCUGGGGCCAAGACGAAGUGGCUGAGGACUUGGUGGCCAGUGGUGCCCAGGUGUGUGUAUGCAACAGGUAUGGACAGACACCUCUGGACAAGGCCAAGCCUCACCUAAGACAACUGCUUCAAGAGAAGGCAGAGAAAAUGGGCCAGAGUAUGACCAAAGUCCCCUAUAAGGAAACUUUCUGGAAGGGCACCAUGCGAACACGACCUCGUAACGGUACCCUCAACAAGCAGGCUGGUAUUGAUUAUAAGCAGCUUUUGCUCCUGGCAAAGAUCAGUGAAAACCAGUCUGGAGAGGUAUGGCAGGGUCGGUGGCAAGGGGAUGAGAUUGUAGUGAAGGUGUUGCAGGUGAGAGACUGGACCACCAGGAAGAGCAGAGACUUCAACGAGGAGCAUCCCAAACUCAGGAUCUUUUCUCAUCCAAACAUUUUGCCUGUUCUUGGGGCCUGUCAGUCACCUCCAUCCCCUCACCCCAUCAUCAUUACCCACUACAUGCCAUACGGAUCCCUCUACAACAUACUCCACCAGGGCACCACUGUGGUGGUCGACCAGAGUCAAGCAGUGAAGUUUGCAUUGGACAUCGCCAGUGGCAUGGCUUUCCUCCACACCUUAGAACCAAUGGUUUCACGGCUUUACCUCAACAGUAAGCAUGUCAUGAUUGAUGAGGAUAUGACAGCCAGAAUAAGCAUGGCAGAUGCCAAGUUCUCUUUCCAGUGUCCUGGUCGUAUGUACUCUCCAGCAUGGAUGGCCCCUGAAGCCCUGCAGAAGAGGCCUGAAGACAUCAAUAGAAGAUCUGCUGACAUGUGGAGCUUUGCUGUGUUACUGUGGGAACUGGUUACCAGAGAGGUCCCUUUUGCUGACCUCUCACCCAUGGAGAUAGGCAUGAAGGUGGCUCUCGAGGGUCUUCGACCAACCAUUCCUCCAGGAAUUUCACCUCAUAUCUGUAAGCUGAUGAGGCUCUGCAUGAACGAAGACCCAGCCAAAAGACCUAAGUUUGACAUGAUCGUCCCCAUCCUAGAGAAGAUGCAAGACAAAUGACUGCCUCUCCUGUUAUUAUGUUUUUAUUAUCAAACCACUUUUUAUCUUCACGUCAGUCCUGGAUUUGCUAAGCCACUGUAAAUAAUGUCAGAGACCACUUUAGCUACACAAUUUAAACAAUAAAUAUUAUCUUGCUUCUGUUAUAUAAUUUAAUUUCCAGGUUUAAAUGUUCUUUAGCCUAAUUCUGUUGCUCUUUUAUUAUAUCUGAAAUUUGUUCACGGGAAUAUCAACCUGGUUAUUCCAGGGGGGAUUAUAUUCAGUGAUGAGUGAGACAGAAACAGAGCCAAAUGUGUAUAGGAACAGUGCUUUUAUACACAUGAACAAACACCAAUGUAAUAAAUAUUUUGUAUUUAUGACAAAGCC